GUGAAAACCGAUGAGCCAUCUGAGCAAGAUACCAUCAGCGCUAUAGAGAGCGAAAUCACAAUGAUCACGAGAAUAUCAAACAACAUAGAGGAAGCGAUGGAACACGCCAAUUCUGAUAUCGGUUUUCGUGCCAUGAAACAAGCUCGUAGUGAUAUUAACAAAUACAGAGCUGGCAAAAGGUUCGAACUUCAACGACACCUUAUAACUGUUCGUAACAGAAGUGUGUCGAGGGGAUUACGGAAAAAGUAUGCGGAACAUCCUGCAGCACGAAAUCUGCAAAUAUUCUGCGUAAGCAACACGAUGUAUGAGGAGAAGCGCCAUGACCUCGUUGCCGAAGUGAAGCCACAUUUGCAGUUGAGUGGAAUCAUAGAAUUGCGGCGCCAUUGUAUGGGAAUUUCUGCCGAGAGUUAUCUCCGGCAAACCAAGGAAUAUAUCAAUCAUCGAGUUUCCGCAUUCGUUGCUUCCUUGGAGCUCUGGGCUCAAACCAGUUUAGGGGAUAUGAAUGAGGAGAGAAACCAGCAGGUCCUCCAAGUGGUCUCUGCUGCUCAGGAGUACACGAACAAGUUAACUCGUCCGGAUUCUCGGCUUGCGGCACUCUCAGAGUCUCUCCAUUCAGAAUUUGAAUCAUGCGUCAGCCUGAAACUACGUGACAAGAAAAGAACCGUGAGGUGGGUGGAGGAUGCUGCGCAGAUUGCCAAAAAAUGGAACAAGUGGUACGCGUCGUCAUAUAAGGCAUUCUGCUUAAAUUUUGGGGAGCACAGCACCAAAACCGUACGACGCUGUUCCUGGAAUGAACUAGCGAUGUCGACAAUGUUCAAAGACAUGAAAUAUAUCUGGGCCUUGUUCACAUCGAGCUUGACUGAUUGUUACAAUGAUACUAGGGUCUUUAUCGAAGACUCUUUUCUGGAGUUGGAAAUGGAUCUAUCCAGAGCCCGUGGCAAGCCAAUUUUCCAUGAGCUUCUAGUUAGCACACUUCGUUUCCGUAAAAGUGCAUUUCUCCGUGCUAUUGAGAACAUUGUGAAAGAUUUCUCCGACGGAAGCUUCUUGACACUACAAAACGAAUGCCUUUCACCUCUGCGCACUGCUUUCCUAGGCCAAGUUAUGGAGGUCACAUAUCAUGAGGCGAAUAUGGAGUAUGGUCGGGGAAGCGAUCUUCGCCGAAAAGGCCGUAUCACUUCGCGAUUUGGCUCUGACCGCCUGAUUGAAGACUACCAUUCUCUCAUUAGAGACGCUUUCGCUGAUACUGCCAAAGGUCUUGAAUCUAAGGUGAAAGAAGCCGCAGACCAGUACAUUGUCUUUAUUGAAGCAGAUUUGCAGAUAAUUGGAGAUGAGCAUGCCAUAACUGAAAGCAGCGAAUCCCAGGAAUUUCGCAGCCGAGUGGCAGAAGAAGUCAAAGGUACAAAGGAAGUCUUGGAAAGAAUCAAUCUAGUGUGUAUGGAUGAGGCGCCGAAUUGA